GAGAGCCUUGUUCUGCAGGUGACCAUUUACCAGUGGUAAAUAUAUGUACGAACAAAACUGCGUUUGAGGAUGACAGCAAUUCUGUUUUAGUUAAAUCAAAUAUGAGACAAAACUGUACAUGUGAACUUUCUUUAACCGACCAAAAUCAAACAAUAACUAUUUACUUUCAAAGAUUUAACAAUCAAAUAAGUUCCGUUCCAUCUAAUUCUGACUGCGGUUUGAAUCUAAAGUUUAGUGUUGGACAAGAUAUUUUUGGGGGAGCUAACUGCUUUGGCGUUAUCUAUGUUUCAAAACCGAUUGUGAAAAAGAAUGUUAUUACAAUAACAUCAAUGACUUUGAAUGGAACAUUGCACGAUAAUGAAGGGUAUUGCAUUGAAAUAAAAAAAGUAGCCCCUGUAAAAAGGGGAAUGCUUAGUCUAACAUGUGGUAUUGGCAGCACCACCACGACUCAAACAACAACAAAAUCAGCAGAAUCAUCAACAAUAACCACAAAUUCACCAUCGACGACUACGAUGACCACGACAACAGUGUCAACAAUAACAACUACUAUGGAUACUGAUCAGUUCACCUCUGCAAAAUUCACAAGAUCAGAUAGCCCUGAAAGUACAAAGCAAGUUAAGCAACAUCAAAUAAUUUCAGAUAAUGAUGACACAACAGUAUUAGCAGCAGGUGGAUCAGUUGCAGGAUUUGUAAUUAUUAUAGGAGUUAUUGUUGUGGUCUGUAUCUAUAGACGAUACCAUCAAAAACCGAUUCCUAAACAAGGUCCAGCAUUUGAUAAUGAGUCUGAUGAUUAUGGCAUGCGGAACAAUGUCCUUUAUGUUUCAUCACAAUCAACUGAUACUGCUAAACCACAAGAUACAAAGAGGAUAUCAGUUGAUAUUGAUGGUAAUUACAGUACUGUAGAUUUGGAUGAAAUACUGUCAGUCGAAGAAUCAACUGGAGAUUACAGUGCAGUUGACUUAGAAAAACUGACACCGUCAAAAUCAAAUACGAACGGUUCUACAAAUGAAAAACCGAUUAUUGCUCCGAAGCUGAAACAAAAGAUGACUAUGCAAGAUGAUAUUUAUUCUGUCCCGGAUAAGAAAAGGGUGAAGCAUGUUACAGCACCCGAUGCAAAUGGGUGUGAAUAUGCUGUUGUUAUCAAACCAGACAAAUCGAACGUUGAUAAAAGUGAAGUUCAAUCAUCAACGAGUAAUGUAUAUGCAGUUGUUAAAAAAACAAAACGCAUGUCUGAUGGAAAGGGGACAAACCAGAAAAGAAAUAGUUUAACAGCCGAAAACGACGGUGAAAGUGGACAAUCAUAAAAUAAAGCUGAGUCCUGGUGAUAUAUUAAAACUUGUGCAUGUAAACAGUUUAUUACUUGCAUUAUUAUCCGUGUUGGAAUAAUUCAUAAACUCAAUCGGAUGUUUAAAGUACAUGUUUCAACAAAUAACAUAAAGUGUUAUAAAAACAUAAAAAAAAAUAAUGAGGAACCAAUCUAUUUAUAACAAGUUUAAGCUUUAAGUGUACUCCAAAUUAAAUUUGUCACUUAUAAUAGUGAAACUAAGGCAACCCUAUGUGUUGCUACCUUUUAGUAUUAUGAAUCAACAUAAUAAAAUACAAAAAUAAAGGAUUUUUGUUAAUAAACAUAUACAUGUAUACCAGUAUUACGUGAAUAUCAUACAAUAUAU